AUGAAGACGAGCCGCCGCGGCCGAGCGCUCCUGGCCGUGGCCUUGAACCUGCUGGCGCUGCUCUUCGCCACCACCGCCUUCCUCACCACGUACUGGUGCCAGGGCACGCAACGGGUGCCCAAGCCUGGCUGCGGCCAGGGCGGCGGCGCCAACUGCCCCAACUCGGGCGCCAACGCCACGGCCAACAGCACAGCCGCCCCCGUCGCCGUGAGCCCGGCCGGCGCGCCCUACAGCUGGGAGGCGGGCGACGAGCGCUUCCAGCUGCGCCGUUUCCACACUGGCAUCUGGUACUCGUGUGAGGAAGAGCUCGGUGGCCCGGGUGAGAAAUGUCGCAGCUUCAUUGACCUGGCCCCAGCUUCAGAGAAAGGGGUGCUGUGGCUGUCGGUGGUCUCCGAGGUGCUCUACAUCCUUCUGCUGGUGGUCGGCUUCAGCCUCAUGUGUCUUGAGCUCGUCCACUCCAGCAGCGUCAUAGACGGGCUCAAGCUCAAUGCCUUCGCUGCGGUCUUCACGGUGCUCUCAGGUCUCCUGGGAAUGGUCGCACACAUGAUGUACACACAGGUGUUCCAGGUGACCGUGAGCCUCGGUCCUGAAGACUGGAGACCUCAUUCCUGGGACUAUGGCUGGUCCUUCUGCUUGGCCUGGGGUUCAUUUACCUGCUGCAUGGCGGCGUCUGUCACUACGCUCAACUCCUAUACCAAGACAGUCAUCGAGUUCCGGCACAAGCGCAAGGUCUUUGAGCAGGGAUACCGGGAGGAGCCGACCUUCAUAGACCCUGAGGCCAUCAAAUACUUCCGGGAGAGGAUUGAGAAGGGGGACGUAAGUGAAGAAGAAGACUUCCGCCUUGCCUGCCGUCACGAGAGAUACCCCACCCGGCACCAGCCACACAUGGGAGACUCCUGGCCACGGAGCUCAGCUCAUGAGGCAGCAGAGCUAAACCGUCAGUGCUGGGUCCUGGGGCACUGGGUGUGAUGUGGUGCAAGUGCCCCUGCCUUCCUGCCAUCACUGGCACAACACCCCUCCCACUGGACAUGGAAGCCUGGUCUCUGUGCUGUGGAUUCAGCUCUCCAGUCAUGGAGACACCAGGCCUAGACUGCCACCACUGCCUGGGUCUCAGGGCCCCAGAAAUGGGUCAAGCAGGCCUGAGGGACUGUCCGGGUGGCACAGAGACUCAGAGACAGUGGCCACUACCACACCUAGAGCCCCACCCAGCUGGAGAGCCAGGAAGAACAUGGGCAUUGACCACUGGAUGCUGGACACCUACAGCCAGUCACAAAGUCAAGCAGGUGCCCAGAGGGGCAGGGUCCUGUGGGGAUAGGGAGCAGGGCUUAUUGAGGGAGAGACAGUGUCUGCCUCUGCAGGGGCCACACAGCAGGCACACAGCAGGGGCUCAAUAAAUGCUUGUUGAAUCUG